GCCAUCUCCCGUCGUCUCCAACGCUCUUGAUCACACUACAGGACUCGGAGAGCUACUUCGGACACCGCAAGCGCAUCGCACUCCUCUGAGAGCGCGUGACGGCCCCGAGGCAUCUCGGACCCGCCUUUGCCACCUCCACUCCGCCCAGCAUGCUCGCCGCGGCGGCCCGCAGCGCCCGCCCGACGGCCAGCCGCAGCCUCGUGCUGCGCUCCGCAGGCAGCAGCGGCAGCUUCUCGGCUCGCACGCUGCCCAAUGUGCGGUCGCUCAGUACGACACCAGGCGCUCAGCGCAGCUCUCGCGCCCGGCAGGCGGGUCUCGGCGCCGCGACCGGCGCCGUGAUGCUGCUGGCCAUCUACCACUACAGCAGCCCGGUGUAUGCAGACGUGGCGCAGUCGGUCGCGACGGAGGGCGACCUCUCGAGCGGCGACAUGACGCAGCAGCAGCAGAUGCGUGCACGGGCAGAGCGGCAGGGCGUGUAUGCAUGGGGCAGCAACCGCUACAACGUCGUGGCGCCAGACUCGCCCAACACGACGCUUGUCAAGACGCCGCGCUCCAUCCCGUACUUCGACGGCAUGUCGCUGCGCGAUCUCGUGCUGGAGGAGAAGCACGGCGUGGCUGUCGACGCGAACGGCGAUGUGCUGCAGUGGGGCCUCGGCUUCUUCGACCCGUCGUCGCGCGAGAUCCAGCAGGGUGCGCUCGACGAUGUGCCGCUGGCACGCCGGCGCGAGAAGGCGCGUGCCAACGAGCUGCAGCCGCGUGGCGAGCUGGCAGGCCGCACGCUGCACCCCGUCAAGACGCUGACGGGCAAGAACAUCGUGCGCGUCGUGGCCAACGACCAGAAGAUCUAUGCGCUGGCCAAGAACGGCGACGUCUACAUCUUCUCCUCGCUGCAGACGCUGCAGUCGCCGGGCAAGCCCGCUGGCUGGUCACUCAACCCGCUGAAGCUCUUCAACCUCUUCGCUGGUCCCACGAUCGACCACGAGCGCAUGCAGACGCUGGCACCGCUCAAGAGCGGCGAGACAUUCACUAGCCUCGAGGGCGGCAGCAGCCACAUCCUGGCGCUGACGUCAAAAGGCCGGACGUUCGCUGCGCCCAUCGACGAUGCAGGCAACGCCUUUGGCCAGCUCGGUCUCUCGCGCGUGCAGCUGAACUCGUCGCCGGACUCUGACGGCAAGCCGCGGCGGAUCGAGACGCUGCUUGAGCCGCGCAUGCUCGAGCUCGACGGCCCGCGUGACCCGCACCCACAGCGACGGUUACCAGCCUGGGCUAUGCCGCCGGGCAUGGAGUCGUUCGGCGAGCCGGCCGUGCCUGUCAAGCGCGACGCAGCGGGGCGCAAGCAGCGGCCAAAGGAUCUCGUGGAGGACGUGCUGCGCCCGCGCUACUGCACCACGCUUCACGAGGUGCCGGCGCUGCGUGGUGUCGAGAUCGCGCAGAUCGCUGCCGGCUCGGAGCACUCUGUCGCGCGCACGCCGUCCGGCCUCGUGCUUGGCUGGGGCCGGCAGACGCACGGCCAGACGGGCCUGAGCAACGCGCUGGGCAUGGAGUGCGUGCCCAUCCCAUCCGAGAUUGUGCUCUCCAAGUGCUUCCCCAACACGAGCGUCGACAUCCGCUGCACCGACGUCAAGGCCGCCGCGGACAACACGUUCUUCACCAUGAGCCGCCGCGAGCCUGGCACCGUCGCUGGCGGCAAGAUUGACGUGCUGGCUGUCGGCAAGGGCCAGUGGGGCACGCUCGGCAACGCCAUGUGGAGCCAGGUCACGUCUGUGCCGGUCAAGGUCAAGACCGUCUCGGGCCUCAUCGAGUACUCGGAGCUGUCUGGCAAGACACAUCCCGUCCCGAUCCACCACAUCGCCAUCGGCAAGCCUGGCCACGUCGCGCUCGUGCUCGACACCGUCGAGACCGACGGCCACGUCGCCUUCGGCCGCGACGUGAUGGUGUGGGGCCACAACGCCGCGUACCAGCUCGGCACAGGCAAGCGUAGCAACCUCUGUGUGCCGCAGCACUUGCAGCCUCUGCCCGGUCUGACUGCCUUCCCGGGCGCCGACGCUCCGGUCAUGCCUGAGCCCAUCUCCGCACGCGGCGCCAAGCUGCUCGAGGCUGACGUGAACAGCGGCGUGCUCACGCACAUGCCUCACAAGCGCCUCCAGCUCGCGAGCGCCAGCAAGGGCAGCACGCACCUCGCGCCGUCCGACGACGGCAAGCGCGGCUCCGUCAAGCGCGGCGUGACCGUUGAGGAGCACAUCACCGCCGGCGCAGUCUCGAUGGCCGUGUUCUGGAAGGUGCAGCCGUGACGUGGCGUGAAGUAGCAUACGUAAACGCAUCGUCUUCGGUGGUGGUGGAUCGAUCGUGAUUGCUUGCGCAAUGCUCUCGAGGCCGUGCGCUUGCGCUGCCGGCGCCGGGGUGAGCACCAUCAGCAAACUCGCUCUGAAGCGAACGUGGGGCCGGAGAGGGGCGCAGAUCGGAAGCCAGUCGAGUAGUUCACAGGGUAGUGCAUAGCAUUAGGAGAUAAAGGAAAGUGAGGUGCUCGCGAACAAAAACGGCCUGCUUGUCACUCAGUGAUGCGC